AUGGCGAAGCUCCCGAGCAGCCAGGUCCGCCGGGUCGAUUCCGACAGCUCCUCGAUCAGCUGGGGUCUCGACUACCUCCAGGAAGAAAAGAUCGCGCCUCUGACCUGGAUCGAGUCCCCCGUGUCGUCCGCCGACGAGGACACGGGCGAGAUCAAGCUGUGCGUGCGGCACAGCGCCAACACCAUCGAGCUCUUCUCGGACCUCUUCUUCGUCGCCAACCUCGAGACCUUUACGCAGACGCACUCCAUCACCAACCUCGGCAGCCUCGCGGCCUACCUCGGCUUCUUCAGCAUCAUCUGGUUCACCUGGUUCCAGAUCACGCUGCACGACGUGCGCUUCUCCAUCGACUCGGGCUACGAGCGCAUGUGCAAGAUCCUGCAGUUCCUGCUGUUCGUCGGCUUCGCGCUGGUGGGGUCCUCGUUCAGCCCCGGGACCAAGGAGCACAACAAUGCGAACUUCCAACUGCUCUGUAACAUCCUCUUCGCGACUCGCCUGCUGCUCGUCGCGCAGUACUCUGUCGCCCUUCACUUCGUCCGCAAGAAGACAAAGGCCCUAAACUGGCCCCUCUCCCUCACCAUUGUCCUCUUCAUCUUCUCCGGCGGCGCCUUCUACUCGAUGACACCGGCUUUCUCCCCCGAGUCCGGCAACGGCCUGGGCAUCUACUACGUCUGGUACAUCAUCCUCCUGAUCGAGAUCGGCAUCACCCUGGGACUUUCAUCCAUCUGGAAGAGCCUCAGCUUCAAACACACACAUCUGACGGAGCGCAUGGGACUCUUCACCCUCGUCAUCAUCGGCGAGGGCGCCAUCGGCGCCACCAAGACCGUCGGCAUCAUCAUGGGUGACACAGGCCUGCGGCUCGACGCCUGCUUGAUCAUUGGUUGCACCGUCUUCAUCCUUAUGUUCUGCUGGAUGCUCUACUUCGACAACCCGCCGGAGUGCAAGUUCGGCACCGUCCGCCAACAGAUCUGGGCGGCGUUACACUUCCCUUUCCAUCUCGGCAUGAUCGGUGUUGUGGAGGGGUCGCAGCAGAUCGCAUUGGCCUGGCAGGUCCUCAGCUACUUCAGCGACUUCUUCCGAGAUGUGCGCAAAGCAUGCAUCACCGAGAACCAAGACGGCCUUAUACUCGCUGAGUCCAUCACCACCUCAUUCAAGAACCUCAAGAUGCCCGACAGCGCCGAGACGCGCAGCAUGAUCCCCUUCAUAUACCAGGAGAUUUACAACAUCGGCAACAUCACGGGCGUCUGCUCGGCGGCCAACACGGCGGGCGGCGACUCCCUCUUCCUGCCGGACGCGUUCCGGUCGAUGACGAAACGCGUGCUCGGCGUGCUCUUCGAGUCGUACAACGGCGUCAGCUCGCCCACGGACGAAGACGUCGGCGAGGUCGCGCAGCCGGCCUACUCGACCGUCUAUAUCUACUACUGGUCCUCGUUCCUUUUUGUCGUCGCGUCCUUCGCCAUCUUCAUCCUCAUCACCAGGCACAAGGACCGGCCCCUCAACAUCUUCGACAAGGCCGCCAUCACGACCAGAGGCUUGGCCGCUCUGUUGGCCGUCGGGCUGGCCGCCGGUGCGGCGUCGGACAAGUUCAUCUUCAGGUAUCUUGGGAGCGGCGCCACGUUGCCCACUGUGGCGUUGAUCUUCUUGGCCAUCUUGGCCAUCGACCGGUACACAAAACACCUGAGCGCCAAAACCCUAAGACGCAACAUGACGGAGACUACGGAAUCCUGGGAGAGGGCUCUGGCAGAAAGGGGCAUAUCAGAGGCGUCGUUGGUGGUUGGCAAGGCUUAG